AUGGUUUCUCUAUCACGGGCAGCGACCCUGAUUUCAGCAACCCUUUUUGGCUCGACUUUAGCUUUGGACCCCGUCUGCGUGACUGUCCGCGGCCUCAACUUCGUGACAAAUCCAGGCUUCGGCUCAGGCACGAGCCGAUGGAAUCAGAUUCCAACGGGUGCAGGGGGCGUCGUCCAGACUGGAGAACAGGCAGAUGGCACAAAUGGCCCAUUCUACCGAUCUAUCUUGCAGUCCAUCUCUGGAGCGACCGCUGGAACAGAGUACGCCCUAUCGAUCAAUUACCAAGGCUUUAUACCUCAGACCUCGACAGUAGCAUCUACGUCUUGCACCAUACGCGCUGCCAUCACAGCAUCCGUCGUCUCCACGACACUCCUGACCGAGUCGCCAACCCUUUUUAAAGGUGCUCAGCCAUGGACGAUCGCACAGGCUUCCUUUGUCGCCCCUGCAUCUGCGUUCAGCCUCCAGAUUUUCGGAACCUGCUCCGUGACGAGUACAGCGCCAGGGAUCCAGAUGCGUUUUGACAACAUCUUCCUAGGGGCAUCGGCUCUUGUUUGCACACAACCCUCUAGCACUGAAGUUCCCAGCACACAGAUCUCCAGCACUCAGGUUUCCAGCACCCAGGUUUCCAGCACUGUCUCCAGCUCCAUUUCAACCAGCGAGGUCUCGAGUGCCCCCCCAACACUAUAUAGCCUCAACUCCUACAACGCCUAG